UCGACUCCCGCGCGCAGCCGCGACAUGUGGUGAAGUGUUGUGUAGUGUAGUGCAUCAUGAAGUCCACCGCAACGCUAUUAUUGCUGGUUAUCAUUGCAGAAUGCUUCGGGGCACAUGAACGGUCCAGGCAGCGCUCCGGUCCCAUCCGAAGCGUGCCAGUCGCGGCCGACGUCAAGAGACAAGUGAACUUCGACUGCCCCGAGGAGUUCGGCUACUACCCGCAUCCUACCGACUGCACCCUUUACUAUGUGUGCGUGUUUGGUGGCGCUCUACUCGAAUCAUGCACGGGUGGCCUAAUGUACAGUCACGAGCUCCAAACAUGUGAUUGGCCGCGCAACGUGGGCUGCGAUGCCACCGGUCCAGCGGCAGCAGACGACCUCGAGCGGCUCAACGAGAGGGAACCCCCGCCCCCGCCGCCGCCACCCCGCCGCAACCCGCCCCCGCAGCGGGUGCAACCGAACCCCGUCAUCACCUCUCGAGGUCAACCCAAAUUCAACAGACAGGAGUACGAAAAACAACAGCAGUUGUAUGCUGAAGUCGAAGAAGAUCUCCCACCAGUCGACGAAAUUGAAAACGACAGACAACAACGUGUGUAUAGAGGACAACCGUCUACUAUUGGUCAAGUUCAAAAGGAUAGAGAUGGUUACGGAUCGCAAGCCAUAUCAUCCGGGCGAACUUUGAACUCGAAUUUAAUUCAAUCAUCUCUAAAUCAGAACACUAAGCUGGGAUCUUUCUCUUUUGGUACGCAAAUCGAAGAAAAAUCUCCGCCGGUCAUCACACAAGCUCCUCAGUCGUAUAAUUUGGAACCAACGGAAAGUGUUAAACCAUCCUCGUACUUAGGCAGUCCUAGACCUAAAAUGCUGUACAACGCAUCACAAGCGUACAGUCCUGACCAAUAUGACCCAUAUUAUGCCAUCUAUGACGAAGAUGGUGAACUUUAUAAAGACUCAGAUUAUGGACAGCAAUAUAAUUCAGCUUCACUCCGACCUGCAGUCCAGCAGACCUACCGAGGCACACCACCUAGUGUACCAGCGAGAAGGCCAGUGGAGUAUACUCCAAGCCCCGUAUCGCCUGAUGAUUAUGAUGAUGCUCUUAUACAGGGACCGAUAAAUAAUCAAAAUCAGUAUCAAUCGGGGAUCCGUCAAUCAACAAGAUCAUCCGAUGAAAAUCAAUCUCGCAGCCCCGUUUCCUCUACAAUCAAAAACUCUUUCGAUGAAUCAAAUUCAUCGAACCCUUCACCACCGCCUGUACCCGUUAUAAAUAUUUCUUCCCUUGCCAAACCCUUUAGAAAGACUGACAACAUCCCUGUGACAGAUAAUGACUUACAUUCGACUCAGGUAGCCCCGACUUAUAAGCCGCGAACUUAUACUCAGACUAAAACUUUGGACAGAAAAGAUUCCGUCGAAAUUAUAAGCGCACCAUACGAGAAGAGUGAUAAAAAAAUAAUAUCACUAACAACCGGAUUUUCCAUCAGACGGAAUAGUGAUGAUAAUAAAAACCCUUACACUUUAACUUAUAUAUCCAAGCCUCUUAAUACUCAAAAUGCAUUUAACUACAAUACCAAUAUAGGCAGUAAAAGUGAAAACAAAUUUAAGGAUUAUUACGAUACGAGCAAAAGCAUUGAACAAGUGUUGGAGAAAAAAAUUAGUGACUCAGAUGUGCUUCCUUUAGACAAACGCAUUAGAAGAAAACAUAACAAGCAUGAUAAAGUUCAUGACGAAGACCAGAUUCCAUAUAUAGAUACAUCCACAGAACAAACUACAACACUAUCUCCUACUAAAGCAACCAAAUACUAUUUAAAGAUGGUUCAUAAGCGGCCGGCAACAACUACUCCAUCUGCUGUUACAAAUUCGGAACACAGCGCUUUAUAUUACAAUACUGAAAGUAGCUCUCGUGAUUACUAUUCUACGCCAGAACCUAUUAUCUUGAACACUAAUGACUGGAAUCAAUAUAACACCAAUGACCAAAAUGUUGAUUCUCAAAUUUCCUACUAUAAGCCUAAUAAUUUACGAAACUUCUAUGAUGCAGAUAAAGAUAUCACGCCUGAAAGUUCAAGUAGUACCACCACAUCUACUCUUCUUUCGCCUUCAAAUUCAAUUUACUCUACAAGUGAGAAGUCAGCUGAUAUAAAUAGAGAUAAUUCUGACUAUUACAAAAAACCAAAACCUUCUUACUAUCUCUAUCAUUUAGAGGACGAUGUGCAAGCAGACAAAACAACUGAAAUUUUUGGUGGAAAUGUUAAAGCCGUUCUAAAAUCUUUUCUAAAUGACGUAUCCAGUACAUCAUCCAAUGAAUUGGUAAGUACACCUUCUUCGCCUUCUUCAAUCGAGUAUUCAUCACCUAAAGACCGUUAUACUCCAAAGGAAACGGAAAAAACGGUACAUAUUGGAUUCCAAAAGAAGAAAAAAGUAAAAUACGCAGAUGAAAAACCAAUAAGAAACCAUUAUAAACAUCUGGAAAUUAUUACAGAACCAUCAGUUAAUCAAUAUUUGGCACCAACAUUUGAUUCGCUUUCUUAUGUCACCACUGAAAAAAGUCAUGAAAAAGAUCGACCACCUUCGUCUACAGAAUCGCCUGCAGCCCAAAUAGAGUCGCUACCUUUAAACAACGAGAGAAACAAUUAUAAUCAAGACAGUGAAUUCGAGGCAGUUACAAAGCAUGACAGAUAUUUGUCUAAAUUCAGUGGAGUUAUAAAAAGUAAACCAAAAAUAACUGACUCUCGUAAAUACCAUAUCAUCGUUAAUGAAGAUCCUCAAGAACCUCAAGAACCAAUUAAAACUGACAACUAUGACUUGAGCUAUAAUGAUAAAAAUGACUUGACUGAAAACUCUGUUGGUAUCGUUGAAACUGUUAAGACAUCGACAGAACCCAUUAAACACCAAUCUACAACUACCGUGAGCUAUGACGAUGAAAUUACUACGACGACCGUAAAAUCAACCACGACUCAGAAAAUUGAGAAAGAGACAAAGCCCACAAAGAGUUUGUCCUUCCCAACGCGAGCCUCUCGCAUUAAUCCUGCCAUAAAGUUAGCUGCGACAAGCUCUGGAGGUGGGCGCAGGAGUUACCAAUCGUCGUCCAAUUGCUCAUCAGACAACAGUCUGCAAGACAAUCCAAAGUGCAACGAAAUCAAAUACCAGAGGCCAAGCAGUACCCGCGGACGAGGUUCUGCUCACUACUCCACAUCAGGAGCAUCAGACGUACAUCCGCCUAACAGGGGAACUCCGCCAACUCGCACCCGUCCUACUCUUAAACCGUCUACCGCUAUCGUAUCGAAGACCGCCGCGGAGAUAGUUGAUAUUUACACACACCCGCCUAGCAGACCGUCUCCCGUGUACCCACAACCUACUCCAGACAAAACAGCCGCGAAGUGCAGAAAAGAUGUGUGCCUAUUGCCCGAUUGUUUCUGCGGAGGAAAAGAUAUUCCUGGCGACUUACCGGUGGAUAAGGUCCCACAAAUGGUUUUGCUGACCUUCGAUGACUCAGUCAAUGACUUGAACAAACAACUUUACUCGGAUCUUUUUGAGAAAGGCCGUGUCAAUCCUAAUGGAUGUCCUAUAUCAGCAACGUUUUACGUGUCACACGAAUGGACAGAUUACAGUCAAGUACAAAAUUUGUAUGCCGCUGGACAUGAAAUGGCUUCACACACGGUUUCACAUAGUUUUGGAGAACAAUUUUCGCAAAAGAAAUGGAAUAGAGAGGUAGGAGGACAAAGAGAAAUCCUAUCAGCUUACGGUGGUGUCAAACUCGAGGAUGUCAGAGGAAUGAGAGCUCCGUUCUUAUCAGUCGGUGGAAACAAAAUGUUCAAAAUGUUAUACGAUUCCAACUUCACGUAUGAUUCGUCGUUACCGGUCUAUGAGAAUAAACCACCGAGCUGGCCUUAUACUCUUGAUUAUAAAUUAUUCCAUGACUGUAUGAUUCCACCGUGCCCCACAAAAUCGUAUCCAGGUGUUUGGGAAGUUCCUAUGGUGAUGUGGCAAGAUCUGAACGGUGGCCGGUGUUCUAUGGGAGAUGCGUGUGCCAACCCACCCGAUGCAGAAGGCGUAUACAAAAUGAUAUUGAAAAACUUUGACAGACAUUAUACGAGCAACAGAGCUCCAUUCGGUCUUUUCUACCACGCCGCUUGGUUUACUCAGCCUCAUCACAAGGAAGGAUUCAUCAUGUUUCUGGACUUUAUCAAUCAAAUGCAAGACGUCUGGAUAGUCACAAACUGGCAAGCACUACAAUGGGUGAGGGAUCCAACGCCCAUCUCAAGACUAAACAGCUUCCAACCGUUCCAAUGCAAUUAUGCUGACCGACCGAAGAAAUGUAACAAUCCUAAGGUGUGCAACCUAUGGCACAAGUCCGGAGUGAGAUACAUGAGGACCUGCCAACCCUGCCCGGAGAUCUACCCAUGGACUGGCAAGAGCGGUAUUCGAUCAUCACGCAUAGACAAUGAAGUCGAAGAAUAAUCCAUAAAUAAUUAAGUUAUGAAUCCAAUACAAGUAGAGUAAGCGAGGCAUAGCUCGUCUAUGGUCACAGAGGACCAUUUGUCACCUAUGAGAGAGUGCCAUUUAAAAUUUGAUGGUUACAAAACAUUGCAAUAUUCCCUUUUAGGAUAAUUUUCUACUUCAUGUUAGUUCAAAUUUGUAAUGUAUUGGAAACUGUGAUAUUUUCUGUUUUCAAUAGUUUGAAUGCAAGCGCUGGAAUUAUGAAUUUUAGGUUAUUGUAUGUUUAUGCAUUGAUUCCUAUUGCUCUUUAUUUAUCUAUAGCUAAUAAUCAAUAAAUCAAUACCACUUACCUACUGCUAAAUGAGACAUACUACUCACUAUUAAAUUAACGAGAAAACUCAUUACAUUUUCUGAAGGUUGUAUUUAAUUUUAUAUUAUUCUGUUGCAACAAAAUAUUUCAUUGUAUAUUCGCGUGAGCCAUACCUAUUUAAUUAAAAGUUAGUAAAUAACUUCUUAUCUUGCCAGCUUGUGGUCGAUACUGCUUUUAUAAGAGUUGUAAAUAUUAGGUUGUAAAGUAUGAUUUAGUGGUACGUUAGAGUAAUCGAUAAGCUAAGGAAAUUUUGUAUUGAUUGAAAAAAACGUGAUUAUUUUAAUAUUAUUAAUGUGAGAGAUGUUUUUGCUUUGUGUAGAUGUCUGCCUACAUCGUUUGACUGAUGUAGCACACGUAUACACGAUUGCUUAAAAUUGUAACAUCUCAUAUCAUUCCCUAUUUAAUCAUCUCAUUCGUUAGAUUUUAGAGCAUGUCCGAUUUUUCUAUACUUCAAACUAUCGCUGAUAAUUCAUUUACAUAUAAAUUAUUUAUGAAGUUGUAUCGAAUGAUUGUAAGUGUAAAUAUAGGUUAUUAUUUAAAAUUGGUAGUAUCAUAUUUAGGAUGUUUCAUUAAAACAGUGUUUUGGGCUUUUCUACAACUCGGACAUGACAUCAGUAUUGGUAGAUUGUGACUUUUUAGUCUUUUUAUAAUCGUAAAGGUGUGAUAAUUGUAUGCCGAUACUGACAAAUAAAAUUAUGUAAAUUAAAA